AUGAAAUUUCCAAUAGAGAAUCCAAGGAAACAAGUGAACUGGGACCCGGAACAAGUGGUGGGUCAGACAGAUACAGCACCUCUUAAGAAGGUCCAAGGUGGGAUGGUCCAGUCAAGUCUCGUCCAGGCCAGUGUGACUGCCAUGCAGAAUCCAAUGGGCUGUGAGAUCAAGCCCAGUGGCCACUGUCCUCUCCCUCGCCUGUCCAUCUCCUCCCGUUCAGCCAGUGUAGUGGCCAGCAUGGACACCAGUGCUGAUGGUUCAGCUGUGCACUCAGUCAUGAAGUGGAAGACGGUGCUGGCCGUGUUUGUGGUUGUGGUAGUCUACCUGGUGGUGGGUGGUUUGGCUUUCCAGGCAUUGGAGCAGCCCUUUGAAAGUUCUCAGAAAGACACUAUUACACUGGAGAAGGCCAAAUUCCUACGGAACAACACCUGUGUCUCCCCUAAAGAGCUAGAGAAGCUCAUCAAGCAUGCCAUAGAUGCAGCUAAUGCGGGUGUGAGUCCGAUCGGAGAGACAUCCUACAACUCCAGUCACUGGGACCUGGGGAGUGCUUUUUUCUUCGCUGGGACAGUCAUAACCACUAUUGGGUAUGGAAACAUAGCACCCAGCACUGAGGGCGGGAAGAUUUUUUGCAUCCUGUAUGCCAUUUUUGGCAUCCCUUUAUUUGGAUUUCUUCUGGCUGGUAUUGGAGAUCAACUAGGGACUAUCUUUGUCAAGAGCAUCUUAAAAGUAGAGAGGAUUUUCAGGCAAAAGCACAGAGAGAUCAGUCAGACGAAAAUCCGCGUCACUUCAACCAUUCUCUUCAUUCUGGCUGGAUGCAUAGUCUUCGUUGCCAUUCCCACUGUUAUCUUUAAACGCAUUGAGGGAUGGGCUGGACUGGAUGCCCUGUACUUUGUAGUUAUCACUCUCACCACUGUUGGCAUUGGGGAUUAUGUAGCAGGUGGUGACCGCCAGAUUGACUAUAUGAAGUGGUAUAAGCCACUUGUGUGGUUCUGGAUCUUAGUGGGUCUAGCUUAUUUUGCAGCAGUUCUGAGCAUGAUUGGAGACUUGUUGAGAGUCCUCUCAAAGAAGACUAAGGAGGAGGUGGGGGAGAUUAAGGCCCACGCAGCUGAGUGGAAGGCCAAUGUGCAGGCAGAAUUCCGAGAAACACGACGUCGUCUAAGUGUGGAAAUCCAUGAUAAACUUCAGCGUGCAGCCACUAUUCGUAACAUGGAACGCCGACGCCUCGGCCUGGAACAGCGCGCCCAGUCUUUGGACAUGCUCUCUCCUGAGAAAAGGGCCAUCUUUGCCAGUUUGGAUACGGGUCGCUUCAAGACCUCUUCACAAGAGAGUAUCGACUCCAAGCUGAACAACCUGCGUCUGAAGGGAGCACAGUAUGACAAACAGGGACCCCCGCAGACAUCCUCUGAAGAAAACAUCCUUAAUCGCUUUGGUUCACUCACCAAGUUGGCCAAGCGGAACAAGAAAACAGACCUGCGUGGGAACAUUCCAGAAGAUGUGCGACGAGUCUGUGAUGGUCUCAGUAGUAACAGCAGUAACACCACACUAGGUGAAGACAGAAGGGAAAAUGAGGUAGAAGAGCAGGAAGAAGAGGAGGAGAAACUUGAGAAAGAGAGAAACACAAGUUUAACAGUUAUCUGA